GGGAGGAGAGUGCAUCACAGACCACUGUUUCCUCCCCCUCUGCUCCGGUAACUACUCUGCAUGUAUAUGACUGCGAGGUGCCUAUGCAUCAGUGGAGGCUGCUGCACCACCUCCCCGCCCUCACUAAAUUAAGGAUAACCGGAUGCAGUGAUCUGAGCAGCUCACCGCAGAUCAUGCAAGCACUCUCCUCCCUCGAGUGGCUAUUUCUGGAGAGCAGAGACCAGCCAGUACCAGAACAGCCAAAUUGGUUGGGUCAGCUUGCAUCACUUAAGGAGUUGACAAUAAAGAAAUACGAGGUGCAGGCCUUGCAGGGUUCCAUGGGGCAUCUCACUGGGUUACAGUCACUACGUCUGAACUAUAUUGGAAGCAUGACAGCGCUGCCUCGAUGGGUGGGAGACCUCAUCUCUCUGCAACAUUUGGAUAUCUCAAACUGUUCGAACCUAAAUGAUUUGACAGAGACAAUCGGGUGCCUCGCCUCUCUUCAAGCAUUGCAAAUCCACAGUUGUGGAAACCUGAAUGAUUUGCCAGAGAGCAUCGGGCGUCUCACCUCUCUCAAUAAACUCGCCAUCCGCUAUUGCAACGGCAUCACAUUGUUACCAGAGAGCAUCGGGCGUCUCACAUCUCUCAACAAUCUCGACCUCAGGCAAUGCCACGGCAUCACAUGUUUACCAGAGAGCAUCGGGGGCCUGACCUCUCUCAACAAACUUGAGAUCGAUAAUUGCAAUGGCAUCACAUCUUUACCAGAGAGCAUAAAACAACUAAACAAGCUCAAAAUGAUAACAAUUAGAAGCGAUGAACUAGUGAAGUGGUGUGGAGCUAAGGAGAACAAGGCGAUGCUCUCUCACAUAUAUAUAAGUGUAAAACCAAGGUUUGGGAACCUCACACCCACCUCUGGACCAAAACUCGCCGGCGGCCCCAUGGCAAUCUUGGCUACCCCCCUCCACCUGACCGUGAGUGAUUUGUAGUACCCUACUGGACUUGUGAUGUGAUGGACUUGUAGUACCCUUGUGGACUUGUGAUGUGAUGUGAUGGACUUGUAUUCGGACUCUAUCUAUGUGAUGGACUUUCAGACUCGUUUUAUGUGAUGUGAUGGACAUUACCUUGUGUUAUUUGUAUCGAUGCUAUUGUCGCAAUUGACAAUUAUAUAUUUGUCGUUAUAACUGCC